AUGUUACGUGAGACUAAUCCAGCUGUGCUUCGGAAAAUUAUUCCCAUUGAGGUAGAUUACAAUGCUUAUGAUUUGAAUAUAGAUCCUCAGACCCUCGACCGUCUUCAUGGAGAAGUUCAGAUAGUCUUUAAUGUAGUCGCAUCUGUUAAAUUCAAUGAAUCACUAAACGACGCUAUUCAGAUAAAUUUUUUGGGAACAAAGAAAAUUGUUAAGCUCGCCUUAGGCAUCGAAAAAUUAAAAUCCUUUGUUCAUGUAUCAACGCUUUAUUCGAAUUGCAAUCGACAGGAUAUUGAUGAGAAAAUCUACGAUCAUAUACUGAGUUAUAAUGAAUUGAUUCCUGUUGCUAAGGUAAUACAGCACUUGAAGGACGAUGUGAAUGCAGAACAAUUUUUAUUUCAAAAUCUCCCAAACACGUAUACGCUUACAAAGCAUUUUGCUGAAAAACUCGUUUAUCAUCAAACAUUUUUCAUGCCAUCAGGAAUUUUUAGGCCUGGAGUUGUGAUAUCAAAUUACAAAGACUUUCCUGGUUAUACUGACAAUGUUAAUGGGCCAACGGGUGUAGUCGUGUGGACUGUACGAGGUUAUAUUCAUUGUAUUUAUGGAGAUGUCACAAAACGUGCAAAUCUUAUGCCUGUAGAUUAUUGUAUCAAUGCCCUUAUAGCUACAGCAUGGGAUAUUCAUGAGAACUAUCAAGAGCGUUUAAGGACCUGCUCAAACAUUCCCAUUUACAAUCACAUGUUUAAUGAAAAUAAUUUAAAAUGGAAAGAGUUAAUGGAUUUGGUGCCGCUAGGCUUUCAUGAGCCACUCCAAAAAUCUAUAUGGUAUUAUUCGUAUUUCAUUGUGUCAUCAAAGAUUAUGUUCAAAAUAUUAAAUUUCACUUAUCACACCAUCCCGGCAUUUAUUAUGGAUAUAUUAGCAUUCAUGAUUGGUAAAAAGAUGAUUUAUCGUCGUGCGUAUGCAAAAACGGAAAAAAUUCUUAUUAUUAUGUCGUUUUUUGGUUUACGUGAAUGGAAUUUUGGUAAUCGUAAUAUCCAAAUGUUGUUGGAGAAAACAAAAAAAUUCAGCUAUCAACGUGGCAGUUUCGAUUUUGACAUGCGAAAGAUAAAUUGGACGGAAUAUUUUCGCAAUUUUAUUCCCGGAAUAAAGAGAUAUUAUUUCAAGGAAAAUGCUGGCAGUGUGAAGAGGAUAGCAGCAUAUUACCAUUGGUUAAAGAGGAUUCACGUUACAUUCAAGUAUCUUGCUUACUUUCUAUGCUCAAGGAAGAUUCUCAACAUUCUCUUGGCCAUUUUGGGAAGGAACUUUGUGAAAUAUUGUGUGAAGUAAAAAAACCGGUAAAAAUUUGAAUUUGUUUUUUUAAAACUUUUUGAAAUUCAAACUUUAAAAAACCGUUACAAAACUUUGUUUUUUUGAAAUUUUUUCAA